AUGACAAAAGAACAACAACCACUGCCGCUUUCUAUACUAGCUAUUGGUGAUUCACUUACAGCUGGUUACUACAAUGGUGGCUGGGGUCAUCAUCCGUAUGCUAUUCAUCUGGCAGAUUUAUUGGAAUCUGCUCAUAUUCCUGUGAAGAUAGAUCAACGAGGUGUCAGUGGUGAACGAGUUGUACCAACGAUGGUGAAUAGACUUCAUAGUUUCCUAGAAAAAGGUACCUCAUACGACUGGAUCAUCAUAUUAGGUGGAACAAACGAUUUAGCUGGUUCAGUAUUAGCCGAAAAUAUCUUUACGAAAGGUUUAGAACCAAUGUAUGCAAUGUGUCUUAAUCAAUCACAAACGAAAACGAAGUUAGCUGUUAUGACUGUUAUUGAAAACGGAUAUGAUUCACCAUCUCAUGAGGAUGAUAAAGAACGACAAAUAUUAAAUGAUAUGAUUCGAAACUAUGUGACCAAUACUGAUAAACCAGAUAGGGUUUAUUUAGUUGAUCUCGAUAAAGGUAUACUAUUUCAUAGUAUGAACAAUGAUGAACGGCUGCAAAUUUGGGAUGAUUGUGUUCAUUUAACAUCUUCUGGAUAUGAUCUACUACAACGAGCAGCAGUAGUACCACAAGUAGCAGUACAACCAGUAGUAGCAGUACCUCAAGCAGUACUACAACGAGCAGUAGUAGUACUUCAAGUAGCACCACAACCACGACCACCACUAGCAGUACCACUACAAGCAGCAGCAGCACCUCAAGUAGCACUACAACAAGUAGCAGUAGUACCACUAGCAGUACUACAACGAGCAGUAGCAGUACCACAAGUAGUACUACCACUACCACAAGCAGUACCUCAAGUAGCACCACUAUCACCACCAGUAGUACCACAAGUAGUACUACUACAACGACUAUCACUAGCAGUACCACUACAAGUAGCAGUACUACAAUUAGUACUACCACUACUACUAGUAGUACCUCAAGUAGCACGGCAUCCAUCACAACUUCUCAAACAUCAAAUAUCAAUGAAAGUAAUAAUAUAA